CCUAUUCAUAUGUGUGUCUUUUUCAUUUUUUAGUUGGGCAUUUGGAGUUGUAUUGUGGGAGAUAUGCACAUUAGGUAAGAACAUUGCCUAUCGGCUUCCCGACGGCAAUAAAGUGUCAGGCGAAUAGAAGCAGACAGCUAGGAAAAUGAUAUUUUACUAAGAACGAAUGAUUUUUUCUAAUUUGACUAAGAACUGAAAUAAAACGUUUUACGGCAUAAAUUUAUGUAUAAUUUUUUUUCCUCCUGUAGCUACUUCCAUUUGUUUAAAUUCUGGAACCUCUACAAUCUGUGCUUACCCAGAUUUGUAUAUUUUAGGGGACACUCCUUAUUCAUCAGUCUCGGACAAGGAUCUCAAGAAUUUCUUGCUUGCCGGAAAGAGAUUGGAGAAAGUGGACAGCUGCACGGACGAUCUGUAAGAUUUUCAUUAAAUGAUUCAUGUACCCUAACUAAUUUUACUUUGGGAAAAGCAACUAGUUCAAUGCUAUCAGUACAGGAAUAUAUAUAUAUAUAUAUAUAUAUAUAUAUAUAUAUAUAUAUAUAUAUAUAUAUAUAUAUAUAUAUAUAUAUAUAUAUAUAUAUAUAUAUAUAUAUAUGGAUGACAGCGUGCCAGCAAUGUGUUAAACACUUUGACAAAAGACCUUUGUUUGACAGCUGGCAAUUUUCAUAUUUUCUAAUUAGAAAAUAAGCAUUCUGAGAGUUUUUUAUGUGCAAUUUUAAAGUGUAGUGUAACAUACAAUAGAAGCAGUAUCAAGAAGUAAAUAGAAAUUAGCAAACGUAAUGAAGGAAAAUAAACUGAUAUUGUACAGGGAAUGUUAUGUUUCCAUUCAGUUUCUCUAGAGUAAAUAUUCUAAAACUAUAAUUAAUAUCUUAAAUUAAAUGAAAGUUUUAUCAAAAUCGUGCAUGUACGAAUAGUUGAGAGCUAAUCAGUCCAGGGAAAAUCUCAGUACUCCUUUGUAGCAUUAGAGACCUUACGAUGUAGGACGGCGACGUGACGACGACGACCAUAACAAAGUUAUUCAAAUAAUUUUUUGAAAAGUUUAAAUGGCUAUUAUUAUAAUUAUGGCUUUUCAAAAUUCUCUAUUCUGAUUGGUUGACAAGCGGUCCGUAAAACACCAUAUCUGGACCAUGGUCCGUAUUUUCCGUAUCUGGACCGGUGUCCCGGAUGUCAUUUAUCUGGCGGGAAAUUUUUGCUUUGCAAACAGAAAAAAUUUUGCUUUUUAAUUUUCCAAUUGUGUGUCAUUAAAAUUUACAGAUAAAAAUUUGAAACAACCAAAUUGUUUUUGAUUGAGCAUGCAUGCCUACCGUAUAUUGUUACUGUAGAUUGUUACCCAGUGACACUGACGAUAGCCGAUAUAUUUAAUUCGCGUGAAAAGCAUAUACUCACAGACUCAGUUCAGCUAUAUAAUAAACCGAUUAUUGACCUCGCUUGUUCGGUCUGUACUGUGAAAUAUCAGACCUCUGUUUUUUGCAUGGACCUCGCUGCUUCGUCGCUCGGUCCAUACUAAAAAACCUCGGUCUGAUAUUUCACAGUAAAGACCUCACGCUCGGUCAAUAAGCCGUUAUUAUUGUAUAAUAUUAUUGAUUUGGAUGAAGUCUCAAACUCCCUUGAGAUAUUAAUUAUUCGAAUAAAUGUUCGAAAAGACAGUUUUAAGAUUAUUGUUGUAUAUAAUAUUAUUGAUUUGGAUGACGUCUCAAACUCCCUUGGGAUAUUAAUUAUUCAUUUCUUUUCUUAAAUAAUAUAUUAUGAAUCUCUUUGUAUUAAUAGCCGUUGUAAGGUUUCUAUUAUUACUAGAAGAACACCAAAGAGCUCAAUGUGUCUUUUUCUCAAUCUUCAUGUUCUUAGAAGCUCUGAGUUUGAGGCAGCAUUUUCCUGGCGAUAGUAACCCAUACUUUAAUUCAGUAGUUUAUUUUAUUUAGAUUUUGGACAAUCGAAAUCUUACAAAGGGAAAUGCCAAAGUAAUUAUUAGAUUUAUAUAAUUAUUUUAGAUAUAAGAUAAUGCUAAAGUGUUGGAGUCAUCUUCCAAAAGACAGACCAACAUUUACUGAAUUAUCAGAUAAGUUGUGGGACCUUGAGCAUAAAGAAAAACCCUAUGUCAAUUUAGACAGUUUAAUGCAGCAGUCUAUCGAAAGUGAAGGUAUGUAAAACUAUUUUAUUUGUACGAUAGCCUUUUUUGCGGAAAUUCUAAUACCGAUGUAGUAUGCAUUUUAACAACAAGCUUGAGUGAAUUGCCUUAUCGACAAAUUAUAUUGGUUAUUUUUCAGUAUAUAUAUAAACACUUUACACCCGAUAUAUUGUGAGCACAUGCAUGGGAGCUCGACUAUGGAUCCCAAGUAUUUAAUAUCAAUAAUUAUCAAUACAAACAUGAUACAUAUACUGUACAAUAUAAUCUCCAUACAGUUAUAUCAAAGGAGUCAGUGUAGACACACGCGGAGAGAAUAAUGUGCAUACGCGAGGGAAAAUGCGAGGAGAGAGAAAAGAACUCCGGCGCUUAUCUGAGUAGCUGUAUGGUGUGUUCCAUGCAAACAUUGCUUAGUCGACUGUUUGUCAACAGAAGCAAUCGGAAGGCAAACCGACCACCGUUUAGAAAUAUUCAUAACAAUAACAGUCUUUUGCAUUUUAAAAUAAGUCGUUUGAGUAAGUACACUUACGUCUCUGAAAUUUCCAAUCGCAGUAAUAUUUUGAAUAAAAGUCAUGUCCACGCAACUUGUGGAACACACCACUCAAUGUAGCCAAUAUAUGAGCAGGAAUAUCGUUAAAUACUUACCUAUUUCUCAAAUUUAUCACUACUUCUUUGUAAACAUAAAAAACGUGAUAAAAUAUAUAACAAUGUCAGAAUCGGGUAUAUAUAUAUAUAUAUAUAUAUAUAUAUAUAUAUACAGUCAAUUCAAAAAAGGUUGACUUUCGAAGUUAUGUAUUUAUGUACAUUGAACAUUGAGCGCGCAAAGAACUUUGGGAAUUUACAUGUAAGUGAACGGCAUAAAAUUAUUUUGUUGCAAUGCCGGCCCCAUACAGCCAAGAUCUACGCUGGAGGGCAAUUUUCUUAGCCGAAAUAUUAGAUCUUGAAAUAGAACAAGUAAGUUUUUACCUGCAAAUAUCACAGUCAACAAUAAAACGUUAUGUAAGAAAGUUCAGAGAAAUAGGAAAUGUCAAUACGGCUAUCAUCGGCCGGCCAUACAAUUGCAUAUCGAUGCAUCCUCACGAAGAACUUGUGAUCAUGGAGAUGGUGCAGCAAUAUCCUGAAAAAACCAUUGCCGAAAUACUGGACAAAGUCUACGAGGAAACAGGAUCCCAAUAUGCGUGCUCGACUCUGCACUAUUAUUUGAAGAGGAAUGGCAUAACUCGAAAGAAGGUUGGUAAAUAUGCAAGGGGGCAAGGCAUAACUCAAUAUUAUUUUUAAAAUGAAUCCCACGGAAAUACCUGCAAACUAACAGCAUCGUACAAUCCGACUUUUAAUUACAGCUUACCAAAAUUGCACAACAGAGAUCUGAAGAUGCAAGAGCAGAAUUUCGUGCUUCAACAUGUUUACUCCCCCCCAGAAAUAUUCGUUUUUUUAGACGAAAGUGGCUUUGUAAGUUUAACGACAUUUGCAUUUUUUAUGCUGUCUUAGUAUACAAUUCAUUUCCUUAAUUAUUCUUAAAUAUUUCCACAGGAUAAGCGAAUCAUGCGAACAUACGGCUACAAUUUGUGUGGACACCCUGCAAAAAUAUAUCGCCGGCAUACACACUGGGGUCCGCGCAUAACGGCAAUUCUAGUGAUAUGUAUGGAAGGCCUUCUAGAUGUUGGUGUUUAUCGAGGACACGUAGACGGCGAAACAUUCCUUGCCUUUGUCAACAAUAUCCUUGCGCCAUGCCUGCUGCCGUUUAAUGGUUUUAAUCCACGUUCCAUUGUCAUACUUGGUACUGUAAAUUACGUUUUUGCUUAUACUGAGUACUGUGUAAAAUUUAAAUUUUUCAAAGGUAACUAACUUUUUUAUUCAUUCAGAUAACGCUGCAAUACAUCACACACAAGAAGUUAUUGAUGCUAUUAAUGCCACUGGGGCAUUGUUAAUAUUCUUGCCAGCUUAUUCGCCGGAUUUCAUGCCUUGUGAAGAGCUAUUUGCACAGACCAAAAGCUACAUUCGUGAAAACGACAUCGCUUGGCAAAAUUGCCCCGAUCCAGAAUUGAUGGUGUGGGAAUCAUUUCUCCAGUGCACAGAUGAAGAAAUAAGAAACUACAUACAUCAUGCUGGCUACAUGUAAACAUGAUUUGUACAAUUGUUUUAUUAUUUUACAAACUCAACAAUUCAUUUGCAAGCUUUUUCUUUUGUGCUUGAAAUUCCUCUGCAUCUAAAACUCCAGUCUCUUCCAGGUCUUUCAAGUCUUUCAAUUGUCGAAUUAUCAUUGAACGGAGUCGUGCCUAUAAAUGCAAUUCAAAUUUCUUCCCGUUAUACAAGUGAUUUGAAUAAACCUAUUCACAAAGCUACCAAUUAAUAGCCUUUUGUCAUGCUACAUGCAAUGCGAUUAUUUAAUUGCGUUGUUGAGAUCAGUCUAGAUAUUUGCAUGGUCUAAGGCCCGUUUCAUACGCCGUACUUCACAUGUGCCGAAUACAUUAAAAACAAUAGGUAAUGAGACAUUUCAGCUCAUUAUCUAUUGUCUUUAAUGUAUUCGGCACAUGUGAAGUACGGCGUAUGAAACGGGCCUAAAUUUCAGAACACGUCUUUUAUGGGUCCGGUUUCUAGCUUACUAUACAUCAUGCUUGUUUGCCAUGGCUAUAUAGCUUUACCACUGGAAAAAAGCCUUCUUACAAUGUUCUUCAGAAAUACAUUUUCAAAAAUAAUAUUACCAAAAAUAGCAGUGACAUACUUUUGAUUCCAUCGAUUGAGGCAUUGACACUGUUGUUGUUAUGGCUUCAGUUGUUGUUGAUGUUGUAGCUAGCGCUGUUGUGAUUGCCCUCACUGCAGGGGUCGAUAUAGAUGACUUGUUUCGUUCUUGACCCGCUUUUAAUCCAGUAAAAAACGGGAUUUUUGAAGGCAUAUCAUAGCUGCUGUGAGUACCGUUGCUCUUCAAACAAUAUAUAACAGAAACUUUGUAAACAAAAUGAUGGUGAUUGCUUUCCAUUUCAGUUCUAGUUUACAAGAACGUCAAAUAAUUGCAGCGCUAUUUCAAUUAAGGUCAUGACAUCGAUAAUAGUCAAAUAGCUACAAUAACUACACUAUGAGCGGUGAAAGAAUGAUGCAAAAAUUAUAAUUUUCAAUAUGUUUGACAGAUCAAUAUUGCAUCGUUUGCAGGUUACCGAAAAAUUGUUCAAAUUGUGGGAGCGUGUUAAACAUAUUUUAAAUCUGUGAUUUUUGCGUCUUUCUUUGACGAAAUCAUAAAAUUUGACUAUAUUGUCCAUGUCAACCUUCUAUGUCAACCUGUAUAUUCAUUGUAUGCACUUAACAUAUACUGCACUUACCAACAUUUUAGCCCAAACUUUAAGUUUAAAUUCAGUAUAAUCGCCUCCAUGUUUCUGUUUUAAUAGCUGUAUUAUGCUCCCCAUGUUGGCUGCUGAAGAUGAAGUUGGUGCUACACACACAAAGAUUAAUGCACAAAAGUAUUUAGGAAACGUUAUAAACACAUUUUUCAAAUGAAACACGUGUGUUUACCAUCAUCAUCAUCGUCGUCACUUGCAUCUGAGCGAGCUCUCUUGGUGCCCUUGGAAUUGUAUUUAGCCGCUGGAGAGUCUGCAGCUUCUGCCCAAAACGUUACCCAACCGUCUUUAGCCAUAGAAUACGCUUCAACUAGGUUGCUAUCGUUCGCCAUAACUAUACGUCUGUUUCUGCCAGCAAUAUAGCCGAGCUUGAAUGAAUGCUCAUUAUCAGCUGGGGACAAUUCCACGGCGACGUUUUCUAGCAAAUACUCCUUCAUCUCAUUCAAACUAUCAAACAUUGGCACAUUUUGCCGACUGUACGUGCUAUAUUUUGUUCGGUUAUACUCUUACACACAAUUUUCAGGAUAACAUGAAUUGUAGCUUGCUUUUCCAUGCUUGUCAGAGUGUGAUGAAGACAGGUAUGUAAAUCUUAUAGCAAAGCGUUUGGUAUAAAGAAGAAAAAGCAAUGUUACCUCAUGGGAUUAACCUGUUCUAUUCAAUUUCAAAGGUUUUAAGGUUUAUACACUCUAUAGUAAUUUUCUUUUAACUUUUAUUCAUUCAUGGCUAUUUGAUUGUUUUAAUAAUUUAUGCAGAGAAAAAAUGUUUAAUAGAUCAUUGUCUUGCGCUGAAGAAAAUUUUUUGCAUUUAUUUUAUCACCAUCAGAUCACCAGCGAUAUAAAUAAAUACGCAAAAUUCUAUGAUGAAAACUUGUUGUAGUUUGUUUUUGCGUUUUAUAUAGUUUGUUUGCGUGUUAACGCCUCUUAACCGCUGCAUUGAUUAUUCAAAAUUAUUAUGGAAAGUUUAUUUAAUUACGUAUUACAUAUUGCUGCACCAUCUUCAUGAUCACAACUAGCUCUUCGUGAGGAUGCAUUGAUAUGCAAUUGUAUGGCCGGCCGAUGAUAUAGCUGUAUUGACAUUUCCUAUUUCUCUGAACUUUUUUACAUAACGUUUUAUUGUUGACUGUAAUAUUUGCGGGUAAUUCAAGAUCUAAUAUUUCGGCUAAGAAAAUUGAUCUCCAGCUUAUCGAUCUUGGCUGUAUGGGGCCGGCAUUUCAUUUACAUGAAAAGUCCCAAAGUUCUUUGCGCGCUCAAUGUACAUAAAUACAUAACUUCGAAAGUCAACCUUUUUUGAAUUGACUGUAUAUAUAUAUAUAUAUAUAUAUAUAUAUAUAUAUAUAUAUAUAUAUAUAGUUUUGGAAAUUGAACAGCAACGGUCCGGAGUUUCAACCAUUUCCUCUCCCCUCGCUUUUCCCUCGAUUGUUCUUUUUCCAUCAAGCAUUUUCAACACUGAUUGCUUUGAUACAACCAUAUGGAGAUUAUGUACUGUUUAAUAAACAAGCAGGAGUGUUUUAUUAGGUUUAAAGUCACGAGCGCGCAGCCCGAGUGGUUUUAGACCUAAUUUUAAAACACGUACGACCUGCCAGUUUAUUAAAAAGCUUCAAACACGACUACAAAUUCAAUAGAUUUACUGCCUUAGUUAUUAGUAUUCUUUAUAUAAAGAAUACUAAUUAGGAGUGUUUUAUCAGGUUUUUAAGCCACUGCACGUGACAUAUUACGGUUGACAUGAUUUACCAAUAAGCUUGUGAAUUAUUAAUGACUGUUUGAAGUAUGUAUAUAUGCUUGUUCUGAUGAUAUUUUUAUAUGCACACUAGUAAUAUCUAGGACGUUUUCUCCCAGCGCAGCAGGUUUAUAUUUUCAGCGAACCUCCGAUGAAAAAUUAGAAGCCUUGCGUUUUACACAGAGCUGCCAUUUUUGGAGGGAUGUCCGCUGACAAUAUGAACCCACACGAGUGGGGGAAAAUUUGCUAAAUAUGACAGACCUGGUGUUAAAUAGCCCAUAGUCGGGCUGCCUUUGAUAUGAUCUACAGGAGAAAAAGAUCAGUAUUGCAAAUUCUGAGUAUAGUGGUGUGUUUCAGUUGUCCCGUUCAUGCAGAUAUCAUGCGCAUGCUCAGAUAAGGUUUACUGCAAUUGCAUCCAAUAGAGCUGUAAUUUCAAACGAUUUUUCGGUCCAGAAAUUUCCUGAUUCACAUAAUUAUUUUGUUUACCUUAGAUGGUGAAGAAGAGGAUGGCCAGUUAAACCAGGUAA